AACCUAUCAACAUUUUUGAACUUGAUAAAAGUUCAGUGACGGCCAAACCACUUUCUAGAAAGAGUAGUACCGAGAAUGAAGAAAGCCCAGUUAGGAGAACAACCCUUCCAAAAGUAUUCGCUGAAAUACCUCAAGAUAUUUCUGAAACCAUUCCCUGCUCUAGAUUCAAGAAAGCUCUUCCAGUCAUCAGACACAGACAAAGCACUGAUGAAGAGGUGGAGAGCAUCACAGAAUCCCUGUCAAAGGGAUCGUCCAGUGUUCAGGUAUCUAGUUUUACCCCGGGAUCUUCACCCACUUCUGCCUCAUCUCUGGAGGAGGACAGUGACAGCAGCCCCAGACACAGGAAAAUCCGUGGGGAAAAGCAGCUUCGCAAAGGAAGACACAGGCAGCCAACUCAGCCUCUCCCAACCAUUGAAAACUCCUCUGAGGAAGAGAAAAUGAGGGGGGGUGAGAAGCCUAGAAAAGAAAAAGAAGAACUUAAAUCCCAUGGGACUUCCCUGUUUCCCACCAAAGAUACUUCCUCAACAGAGAAUCUGAAGCAGAUCACAACAAUGGACGAAACCAGUAGAUCUGGUUCUGAGUACUCUGCUAGUAUAGAAUCCGAGCCAGAGGUUUGGCGAGCAGUACAGAGAGGGGAUAAGCCAUCACCAACAGUGAUUCCAUACAAUCUCUCUGAUCCAUUUAACGAGAAGCAUAUUGUGACAUCACCACUGAAGAGUGCUGAAGAAACAUAUGAGGAAAUCAGUCAAAAGACAAAAGCUAUUCCUGGGGAGAGUCCUCCUGAUAUUGAGCCACUUUAUGGAGGGAUGUCCAUAGAGGACUAUCUUUAUGGAUCCUUAGUGGAGGAGCCUGAAAUGAAGAUGGGGGAAUCUCCAGAGGAUACAAGCUCUGAGUGUCUCAAACAUCUUAGGUCUCCAGAGGAGGUCUAUGAGAAGAUGAUGCAGAAAAAGAGAGAACUGAUGAUGAUAGAGCAAGAGUUCCAACAGGCUACAAUUGCCAUUGCAUCAUCCUCAUCGGGGGCUUCCGUCACUGGGCCUCCUUUGAUUGCAGAGACCUGUGUGGUGACCAUAGCCACAGAAGAGACAUCACCUACUGCACAAUUUGACAUGCUUCUUCCAGGCACUGAAACCUCUAGUGAAGUGCCAGUGAAGAGAAAGAAAAGACCUGCUCCACCGCGACCCACUGAACCCCCUAAGCGUUCAGAAGUGAAUGUUGUACUUAUUACACCUAGUGGAUCCAUUGGUUUUGCCAGGCCUAUGGUUCGUCAAGAUCCUUCACUCGGAAAGGCAUUGUUCCCCAUACCGGACCUCAAGAUUACCCGGUGCUCAUCUGGGGAGGAAGAGGAUGACAGUCUUGCACACGAGUAUGGUGUUGGUAUUUCCUCUGACAUUACGCCCAGUGAUGACUCUGAGACUAAAGAUUAUCCCUCCAUAAGCCCACCUUUGUCUGAAACCACAGAGAUGGAUCCUUUCGGUGUGGUCUGUGAAAUUCCAGAUCCACAACCUAUUCCAACUCCAAUUUCAGCACUAGAACUAACUACCACACCGUCCCCUGUAUCACCAUUGUCACCUCCAACUUCACCAGCCUCUCCAGAGUCCAGUAUGGCUUCUAAUGCUACAUCCUCAUCCUCACUCCAGGCUCAAACACCGCUUUCAUCGGAUUCAACUCCGCUGUCUACACCAACACAUCCAACUUUAUUUGUAAUCCAAUCACCUCAAGAUAUCUCACCAUCAUCCCCUAGCACAAUUGCAAAAGUACCGUCUACUGGGGCCUCCGUUUCUUACACCACUCUUACCAAAGUUAUAGCUACAAUGCCAUAUGUGGUGUCUGGUCCAUCCAAAGCUCAAACAGCUGCAGUAGGUCAAGGUAAGGCAUCUACAGCUGAAGCUUCAACUCCAGCCCUAUUGGGGAUGUGUAGUCCUGUCACUGUAGUGGUUCAGAAGCCGGACCUAGUUUCAUCUCCAUCUCAGGUGCCUAUUGUGGCUCCAGCUGUUGUACAGGUCUCAGCACAAAGACCAGCACCUGUUGUUGUCUCAGCUGUACCCCCAGUCUUAUUUACACCUGUACCUGUUACAGUCAACAAUGAAUCUUUAGCCCUAGUUGAUAUUGAUUCUGUCACUCAGGCAUCAUGCCCUUGGACAGUCAAAGACCAGAUGGUGCCUGACCUAGUUUCAACUACAUCUUCAAUCUUUGCACAAACCCCAUUACCGGUCUCAGCACUCGUAACCAGUCCAACUCAAGGCCAAGCCAAAGUGGUACACCCUUUCCGGACAGCCAUCUCACCAGUGAGCCCAGCUCCAGUACAACCAGCCCAGGGUCCAGUACCGUCUUCAGCAUCAACUAUUAUAACCAAAAAAAAGGUCCCUCCUCCUCCACCACCUCGGUCUACUUCAGUGUCAUUACCUAAGAGUAGUGCAGAAUUUCCACUUGUAAGGACUGUUCAGUAUGUCACCCCCACUAUGACCACCACCAUAGCUAACAGAGCCACAGUGACUGGUAAGCCAAUGCAAUCUGUAUUUGUGGAUAUACAGCCAAGAAUGGAAGACAUACAACCAGAUAGUGGGGCUGUACCUCAGGUAGUUACCCCAACCAGACAAGGGCAUGUAGUCAUCAUAGUGCCAAGUGUGGAAAACAAAUCUCUCCUUGAACAAACCCCACAAGAUAUGGCUGGCAAAGGAUCUGUUUCUGCUACUACUACUACUCUACCACAACGUAGUCAAAUGCCUUCAGAUAUACCCAGCACCAAUACAGAUUCAUUAUCCACUAAGUUGUCAGCAGCUUCAGCUUCACCCCUUAUGUCGAAACCUACAGCAGUCAUCGUCGAUCCAGUUGAAAUACUUGUAGCAGAUACAUCUCCAUCUUUUCCUACCAAUUUAACCAAACCAAUCGUGUAUCCAACACUGGUUCCCUCGUCAGUGACGAUUGCCACAGCAGCAAAAGCUUCUUAUACCACAGAUAGCCCUAAUCAAACUGCAAAGCCUCCUCCACCCAUACCACCUAAGCCUAUAUCAAUUCCAGCUGGACUGGUUUUCAGCCAUAAGCCAGGAGAGAGUGUCAAACCACCUCCACCUCACGUGGCUCCUAAAGCUGCUACACUACCUAGGAUCAAAGAACCUCCAAAUGCUCUGUCCCUCAGCCUUACUCGGCCAGUGGAGUCUAAGUUCAGUGCAACAUCUCCUAAGUCACCUAUGUCUCCCAGACAUUCUAAAUGUUUGCAAACCUAUGUAGUGAUAACCCUUCCAUCUGAGCCUGGCUCACCGACAGAGGUUAUAACAGUCCAGGCACCUGUAAGACGAGGCUCCAUCCCAUCUACAAAAGUCUCAGGGGUAAGGACCACACCUUCAGAGCAAAAAACAUUCACUGAGGCAUUCUCAGCACAGGCUACAGUUAGGAGGGCCUCCGUUCCCACUGUAAGGCACCCACCUCUAAUAUCCAUAGAUCCAACUCAGGCAGUCGAACAUGUAACUUCCUAUAAUGUUCUGGAUAAUAAAGUGUCAGCCAGGGGAGACUAUCUGCCUUCUGCGGUACAAUCACCAUUUAUUGCUGAUGUCAUGGUGGAGCCAUUAGGUCAGAAUACAUCUAUUCAGGCACAUAUUGUACCUCUUCCAAUUAAGAAACCAUGUGUGCAACAGCAGCAAUUAAUUACUCCGGAACUGCCACCACCUCAAACUAUGUAUGAGGUCCUCACAACGCACCCAGAGCCAAAGGUUGUUAUUCAACCACAAACCGUCCAAUCCGCAACACAAUCCCAGUGUUUACCACUUUUUGCUCCUCAUGCACCAAUAACAAUUGUACCUUCGCAGCGACAGCCUUUGACAGAAGCUGUUGCUUUACCACUGCAGACUGAGGUAACUUUAGUUGCACCACUCCCCCAAGAUAGACCAGCUGCAAUUUCCACAACUGUUCUCAAUCCACAAGUUGCAGCUCAAAUAAAAAUGCCAAACCAGGAACAGUAUUUGCCUACUCAUGGCAUGGUAACUGAGACAGUUGUGGUUAAAUCACAAACACCAGUAGUGAGUCAGCUAAUUCCUCUUCAACAGCAAUUUGCAUUAGUUGAAUUGAUCCACUCUACAGAGCAACAAGUACCUACAGUUUUCAGCCAGACUCCCACCAUUGCAGAAAUCCCAUUAGCACCACCAACAUUUUGUCCUUUAGAAGUUCUAUCUUCCCAGCACCCACUGCUCAUUGAUGAAGUGUUGUCCUUUCCUACAAGCGAAGUACCUAAAGAGAUUAUUAUAUCCGAGAAUGCCGUUAGAACACCUGGAUUAGCAGCAGUAUGUCCAGUUCCUCAACCUCAAUCUUUCAUUGUUGAAAUGACUCCAACAUUACAGGUAGCUGAGCUAAUGCCACUAACUACCGUAGCAAAUGUGAUAACUCCUACAAGUGUGAAUUUGACACCAUCACCUCUAGCAAUGCACUUCCAACCAAUGGACGUACAGCCAGAUGUACCUAUUCAACAAGUAUAUCGAGCAAUUACAUCAACGGUCAUGUCACCUUCAACGCCACCUCCGGAGGUUAUAUCAUUGGAACCUGAAUAUGAGACAAUCACAGAGAUCAUACCAAAGGACAGUGAUUUAAGAGCUUCAAUGUCAUCAUCAGUGUGGCAGCCCCAGGCAGCUGCGGGGAUGCCAUAUGGAGUCAUUUCAACUAGGGAAAAUACAAGGGGAAGGAGGGAAUCUAUGUCAGGCAUAGUUCAGCCAACAUACACCAUAAUUGAAAUGUAUACUCAUCCAUAUGAAAUGCCCAACCAGGGGACAAUUGAGGCUUUUGCUGCCACCAGGAGAGAAUCAAUAACCAUCCUGCCAUCUUUACCAUUGCCACAUGUAGUAAAUAUGCCAGCUGAAAAAGAUAUUCCUAUUGAUGGUUAUGCGGUUCAAAGCCCCUACAGGAGAGGAUCCAUUUAUUCAACAGAACCAAUACCACAAGUAUCAACCUAUUCAUCAGAAUAUGAAUAUCCUCUGGAGGUAAUAUCCGCUGAAGCAUAUACCAGGAGAACCCCAAUACCCACUGCACAGGCCAUUCCACAGGCUGCAUCUGUGGCUCCAGUCACUAUCACUAAAAUUCAGCAGGAGUCUAUUGAGAGUCAAGAGAUUCGAGGACCAGAACAGGUGGUCUCAAGUAUGAGUUACAUGUAUUCUUCUUCAAUUUCUACUUCAGGCCAGCCUCCUGAAAGCCUGCCAAGCCUUGUAACUCAGGUGGUCACUACUGAAGUCCAAAGGACCACUGUAUCCGUUGUUCAUGAAAGACUUCCACAAAUCCCUCAACACAGUGUAGCAAUCGCCAUCCAACCAUACGUAGCUAAAGUCCAAGCUCUGACAAAACACAAUGCAAAGAGAAUUUACCCGGGUGAUGUUGUUGAUUUACGAACCAUGAAGGUUGACAUAAAGAUGACUGAACAAGGCAUGGACCUAACGCCACCUGAGUCAUGUCGACAGUCAUUUUCAAGUGACUGUAGUGGUUGCCAAAUCACAGCAGUGCAGCCUGAGAUAGUAAAUCUUAGUGCAGAGAUAACCCCUGCAACCACGCUGUCUGUGGUCACAGACAGCAUAACAAUAGUCGCCUGCACAGCCACCAUUGCCUCAUAUAACAGUACUCCAGCUGAGAAACCACUCGAUUUGCAAGGUCAUGUUUCGUCAUUGCCACUGCCUCUCACCACAAACAAACCAUUCGAACCGCUUGCUCAGAUCGUCUACAGACCUGUGAAUACCCAGCCUUUAGCCAGUGCUCUAGCAUCCGCAGCUCAAGACCUGCCCAUUAAUCUUUCCUUUGGAGCCUUGGUCUCCUCAGGUGGCGAAGAGCCAAUGACUUCCCCACUAUCUAUCAGAAACGAAGAUGCUGUGCUUUCUCUGGAGGCCACUGGGGCUAUGGAUCUGUCAAACUACAGACCAGUGAGAGCUAUGGUAGCUUUGUCUAACACAAGCCCUGGAGUGGUGACGACUGUUGUAGAAGAUGAUGGGACUCCAGUUGACCUUACAGCUGGUAGCAGGAUUGUUUGCUGUGAUGUUAUUUAUAAGCUACCCUUCACAGGAAGCUGCAGAACACAGCCACCUGUUACAAGUCAACCUGACAAUCGUUUUGGCUAUAGUGAUGACCACUAUCAAUAUGAUAAUGCUGGACUGUAUGGUUUCCAAGUUAUGAAUGAUAUACAAGCCUCAAUGUCUGAGACCAACCUGACAGAGGCAGGACUGUUUUCCUAUGAUCCCAGGAAUGACUAUGACCAUCUCAGUAGAUCUUCAGAUGGCGCUAUGGACCUCACUGCUGCCAAACUUUCUUCUGGUAAAGCUCUAGACUACACUAGCAAAUCUACUGGAUUCUACCCUGGGACGAUUGCUGCUCCAGUUCCAUCCACAAAUACAAUUACAACUCAACCGGGCUCUAUCUUUAGCACCGCCUUACCACCUACAACAACAGUCCAGAACCAGUCAUCGCCUUAUCCAUAUGGCUUUAUUCACAGUACAGACCCUGGACAGAUAAUAACUUUUGACACAGAAAUACCUAAAGAUCUUCUACCCACAGCUUUGGCUGACAUCAUUACAGGCUAUCCGGACAUGUACUCAGACGCCACCCUGGAAGCAAUUGCUGCCUCUCUGGAUGCCUUAGCCUCUUCCCCAAUAUUCCCAGGGUUAGACAACACCAAGAUGGCUCAGUAUCAGAUGGAAAGGGAGUUUCUAGAGCUGGAGAAGCUUAAGCAGCUUUGUCUUGCUGAGGAACUGGAGUGGGAGAGGCAAGAGAUCCAGCGUUACCGUGAAAAGGAGCAGCUAAUGGUCCAGAGGGAGCUUGAGGAGCUUCAAGCACUGAAACAGCAGCUUCUUAUGCAGCAAGAAGAAGAGCACCAUGCCCACAUGGUAGCCCAGCAGGAGACCUAUGCUCAGCAAGAAGAGCAGUUGCAGCAAAUCCAACAACUCCAACUGCAACUCCAACGCCAGCUUGAUGAGCACUAUGGUAGCACUGGUCACACAGGAAACUUCUUACAUGCCAAAUAUGCAGGGGUGGGGGACAGUGGCCAGUACUGGCCUGUCAAAGAUGAGUCUACUGUCUCUAUUGGUACACAUUUAGAAGAAAGUCAGGAUCAGUUUAAUAUUGUAAAGGUCAUUCAAGCUGAACAGGAAGCAGGAAAAAAAAUUAUCGAUAGUGGAGUGCAGACAGAUGAUGAAGACUCAGCAGAGAAGCAACAUGUUGGAAGGAGAAAGAAAAAUAAGAGAAAUGUUGAGUGCUGCGCUCAGACUGAUGAUGAGGACCAAGAUGAAUGGGAUGCUCCCACAAAAGCUCGACGACGAUCUCGAAAACAUAGCGGCGAUGGGAGACACGGCUCCAAGGUCUCUAGUAUAGCUAUCCAAACAGUGGCAGAAAUAUCUGUCCAGACUGACCACUCUGGAGCUAUCAAACCACCUGGUGUCCACAUGGACACUAAGGUGGAAAUUAUCAAGCAUAUCUCAGCUCCAGAGAACUCUCAGAGAGGUGGCAGUCUUAGCUGUCAGACAGAAUCAGAUAGAAGUGUCACACCUAUUGAGGUGGGGUACAGCACACACCUAAGAGCAGAUGUCCCACUCAAGUCAAAAGUCUUCUAUACCUCAAUUUCCCCUGUGUCCCCGGAAAAGUCCCUUGGAGGGCAGAGAAUGUUGACUGCUGACCCAACCAGAUUUUCCUCUGGUCCUCGUAUGUUAAAGUCUAGUCAGAAGUCUGUGUCUGAUCCCAAAUCCCUUAGUCCCACCACAGAUGACAGGAUGGGUGGAUACUACGCAGACAGCUAUUCUAGCCGAAGCUCUCCAUCUGGGACAGGUAGGAAGGUCAAACGGACGCUUCCAGAUCCCCCUCCUGAGGAUGACUCUAUGGCAGGACAUGCAGGCUACAACAGCAACUCUGCACGUCGCCGUCUUGCCCGCAGUACAACAAUGGCUCGGGCAAAGAUCCUGCAGGACAUUGACAAGGAGCUUGAUCUGGUGGAAAGAGAAUCUUAUAAACUUCGCAGAAAACAAGCUGAACUAGAUGAAGAAGAGAAGGAGAUUGACGCCAAGCUACGCUACCUUGAGAUGGGUAUCAACCGGCGUAAGGAGGCCUUGCUGAAGGAGAGAGAGAAGAGAGAGAGGGCCUAUCUCCAGGGGGUGGCGGAGGAAAGAGACUACAUGUCAGACAGUGAAGUUAGCAACAUCAGAGAGUCCACUGACGGCCUGGAGAGACCACGGACAGCUCCCCAGUCGGAGUUUGACCAAUUCAUCCCCCCCCAGACUGAAGCUGAUUCCCAGUACAACACACUAACUAGUCCCUACUCUCACUAUGCCCAGUACGUUCCCCAGACCCAAACCACCAGCCACUACACUCAACAGAACCUAUAUCAGCAGCAGCAGUCCCUUUACCACCAACAGGCGUCUCCUUACACAAACCUAUCCCUCCCCCAUUACCAAGGUCAGUCUAGCAGCUACCAACAUGCGCUGCUCUUGCAGAAGGGAAAACAACGACGAUCCACCAUGUCCGAAUUAGAGCCUAAGAUCACCACCAACUAUGAAGUGAUACACAACCAGCAUCUGCUCAUUGUGCCAACCUCCACAGAAAGUGUUUAUGGAGUUGCAUACCUUGGGGAUAAGUAUGGCAGCUUGGACUUGAGGCUGGGGCUAGGGGAAAGGAGCAUGGCCUCUAGUCCCAUGUCAAGCAUUUCUGCUGAUUCUUUUUAUGCCGAUAUCGACAACCGCAAUUCCAGGAACUACGUGCUGAUAGAGGACAUAGGGGAGCUCACCAAGGCCUCAACGGGGCAGAGCAACACAGGCAUGGGUUCUGGAUUCAACAUUCCUGAUAAAGAGUUGUCCAAGGCAGACAGACUCCUCAGGGCAGCAGAAGUCAGGUGCACAGCAGAGGUGGCAGAUUUUUUAGGCUCAUCUCGACUUCAUAGUUAUGGCAAAGCAGAAGAUGAGGACAAUGGAGGAGCCUUAUGAGUUGAAGCUACUAAAGCAGCAGAUGAAGCAGGAGUUCAGGCGAGGAACUGAGGGACUAGAGAACCUAACUGCGCUAGGACUUCCCCAUCAUCUCCCCAGUGAUAGCAGUUUUC